AAAGUUGUUUUUCCAAGAGCGAAACUUCCGACGGAUUGAUGGUCAGUAAUCUCUAGACUUCGUCUAACUAGGAAGUAAUUAUUUCCAGUAAGAUCAUCGUUUUAAAGAUUUGCGUUAUUCCCCACGGUAUUAUCAACUCCUGCUUUGAUCAAGAUUGACUUUUCUUAAGACACCAGAAGAAAAGUAGGGUUUUUACAGGAUGCGGAACACAUCGUAUUGUUGGAUUGCCUUCUUGGUGUUGAUUGGGUUAUGGACGGCCGCGGCUCAAGAAUGUGGUAGGCCACAAAUGUCGAACAGGAUUGUUGGAGGUUCUUCUGCGUCAGAGGGAGCUUGGCCUUGGCAGGUGGAUAUUCAGACUGAGAAUCAAGGACAUAUUUGUGGAGGAACUGUCAUUACAGAGAACUGGGUUCUGUCCGCUGCGCAUUGCUUUCCCAACCCUAAUGACAUCUCCUCCUACAUCAUUUAUGUGGGCCGGCAGCAGCUGCAAGGUUGGAACCCAGAUGAGACCAGUCAUAGGGUCCGUCGUGUGGUGGUUCCGUUGGGGUACACAGACCCUCAGCUGGGCCAGGACAUUGCCCUAGUGGAGCUGGCCUCCCCUGUUAUCUGGACUGAGCGCAUUCAGCCGGUCUGCUUGCCCACAGCCGGUUCUCAGUUCAGCAGUGAUAUGAGGUGCAUGAUCACUGGAUGGGGUGACAUCAGAGAUGGAGUUGCUCUGCAGGGGGUUGGGCCAUUACAGGAAGUGCAGGUGCCUAUCAUUGACUCGAAGGCUUGCCAGGAUAUGUUUCUGAUAAACCCCACAGAGAAUGUUGACAUCCGUUUUGACAUGAUGUGUGCUGGCUUCCAACAAGGGGGCAAGGACUCAUGCCAGGGUGAUUCUGGUGGCCCUCUGGUGUGUCAGGUUAGUGAUGGUAGCUGGGUGCAGGCUGGAAUUGUGAGCUUUAGUCUUGGCUGUGCUAAAGCAAACCGACCAGGAGUCUAUGCCAAAGUGUCUAGUUUUACUGACUUCAUCCAGUCCCAUGUAGGAGGAGUCCAACUGAAGAGUGGAUCAUGUCAUAAUUGGGCUGACAGGGUCAUGGUGUUUAUCAGGACUGCAAUUCUAUUGGUAUUGGUACAAAUGCUAAGAUAAACACCUUGACCCAUGUUUAUGCUAAAAGCCUGCCCAAAAAUAUCAAAAUACCAUUCUACAUAAAGAGGCAAUUAUCAUCAUAACAUGUAGGAUUACAGUCCUUUAAAGGAGCUUUUUAUGAAUUUUUACUUUUACAAACCUUCAUUGUAUGUACUUUCUUAUUUGGUUUGUAACAAAUAUUCCACAGACACGCUGAAUGAUUUAAAAAUUUUUGUAUGUACUCUCGGAAAUCUGUAAAAGUCUGAAAUGAUUAACAGUGUGUUAAGAGUGCCUACAGAAAUAAAUGAGUGAUUAUACUGUGCACAUGCACACUUGAAAUUCAACUGAAAAAGCCUGUAGUUAACAAAUCAAACACAGUCAUUACAAUUCAAGUUGAGAUCUUAGUCAAGAUUAUGCCAAUUUAGUCUGGGUUAGUUACCUCAUUGGCAGCUGAGAUUUAAUAUGAAAUUUCUCAAGCAUAAAGCACACUAAAAGAGAAAUGGUCCCUCAUUUUGCAUAGUAAUUAUGAAUGUUACAAAACUUUUUAUCAUGUAAAUUUUCCAUCUGAACACUAAUACAAUUUGAUACUGGUGUAAUACAUUUAUAUAUCAAACCAAUUGUAUUUUUGUAUCUUUUGGUCACUUGUUUUCUUAGUGAUGUAAAUAAAGUAAUUUUUUAAUUGA